GCUUCACUUGAAAACUUCAAUCACUCGAACUUAAUCUAAAAGUGAGUACACCAUUGGCUUGUGUGUGUUGUUCAUCUCGCCAACGUCAUCGUAUCCACGCCAGCACAACGGUGGAUUGUCGCCGCCAUUGACUAAUAUUAGUCAUAUCUGGCUCGAGGACUCUUUUAUAAGACCCCGUCUCUUGCUUGACACGGGUCCUGACUGUAUUACAGACUUCUUACAUCACCUUUACUCGAACAUAAAGACCGUAUACAUUCAACAUGGGUCGACUUGAAGGCAAGAACUGCAUCAUCACCGGCGCCGCUGGCGGAAUCGGUCUCGAGACAGCUGUCCUCUUCGCCAGGGAAGGUGCCAAUGUCCUUCUCUCCGACAUUUCCGGCCCUGCUCUGGAGAAGGCUGUUGCAAAAUUGAAGAGCAUCGUACCAGAGGCCAAGAAAAUCGACACCAAGAUUACCGACGUCUCCAAGGAAGCCGAUGUUGCCGCUAUGGUCUCUCAUGUCGACUCCUGGGGCGGUCUGGAUGUGCUCUUCAACAAUGCAGGCAUCAUGCAUGCCGAUGAUGCCGACGCCAUUGACACACCCGAGAAGAUUUGGGAUCUGACACAGGCCAUCAAUGUCAAGGGUGUGUGGUUUGGUAGCAAGCACGCAGUCCUCAGCUUCCGGAAAUACAACAAGACGAAGACGAGUGUGAUUAACACAGCGAGUGUGGUGGCGCUAGUAGGGAGUGCAACGCCGCAGUUGGCGUACACAGCGAGUAAGGGCGCGGUGUUGGCGCUAACGAGGGAGUUGGCUAUGGUUCACGCGAGGGAGGGAUUCAGAUUCAACGCGCUUUGCCCAGCGCCAUUGAACACUCCUCUCCUCCAGGACUGGCUCGGCGAUGACGCAGAGAAGCGCCACCGUCGCGAAGUCCACUUCCCGUCCGGCCGUUUCGGCGAGGCUGUCGAGCAGGCUCAGGCCGUUCUUUUCCUUGCCAGCGACGAGAGCAGCUUCGUCAACGGUACUGACUUUGUCGUCGACGGCGGUAUGACGAGAUGUUACACCACGCCCGAGGGAGCGCCUACCCAGCCUCCUAAGAACAACGCCCGCUAAGCGUCUGUUUUGAAAGCUGGUAACAUGCAACACGGGUCAGCAUUUUCCAUUGCUCUUGGCGAGUGAGAGCCUUGAGAAGGAACGGAGUUUGGGAAUGAAGGCUGUACUGGGCAUGGAUGUAUAUUCGACGGCGAUGGCGCUUUCCUUUACUCGUGUAAGAGCGGAAUCUCUUAUCAUGUCAUAGAUCUCUCAAUGAAAUAACAAGUCAACAAUGC